GAGUGGCGCUGUUGGGUAACUUUUUGUGGGCUGAGUGCAGGGCCGGGGCGGAGGAGACCGUCAGCCGGAUGAAUGUCGCGAACAGUCCGCCGUGUUGGCUCCAGUCUCAUCCAGGUUUCACUCGGAUGCGCUUGUCUGAUCGGUUGAAGUGGAAUAAAACUGCGAGAGAGGAGCGGAGGAAACAUUGAGUGAACGCAACAGGAUGUAGUGUUAAUCCACCGCGGAGCAGAAUGACAAGAGGAACAAAAGAGACUUCUCGUUGUUAUCCGAGUCUCAGCGGACUGAACAACUAACCGGCAGCUAAAACGUUAGCUCGCUACAUUACGGCCUCGAGCAUCCUCGCUUCUUCUCGGCGAGGAGUGGGUCCCGUUGACGUGUGCUCGCCAUGGCAGCCCUGGUGAGCUACUCUCCACCAUGGUGGGUGAAUAUUCUGCACAGGCUCCCUCAUUUCAACUUCAUGUUCGAGCAAACGAGCAGUGAUUUCCGGCCAGAGGACUGGACAUAUCAACAGUCGAUCCUGUUACUGGGAGGUGUGGCGCUUGCCUGUCUGGCCCUGGACCUCCUGUUCCUGCUCUUCUACUCCAUUUGUCUGUGCUGCCGGCGGAGCAAACGUGAGGAUCGGCCCAGCACUGACUGCUGCUGCACCGCGUGGUGCGUCAUCAUCGCAACGCUCGUCUGCAGCGCUGGCAUUGCUGUGGGUUUCUAUGGGAACGGCGAGACUUGCGAUGGAGUGAAUCGGCUGACGUAUUCCCUGCGCCAUGCUAACCGCACAAUCACUGGAGUGGAGACACUGGUGUAUGACAGCACGUCCUCACUGAACCAGACGGUAGAAAACAAUCUGCAGCAGCUUGAGGGCCAGUAUGCGCAGCACGCGGACUACCUGUCCAUCAUCCAAAAGCUGCAGGGCCAGCUAGACGAGCUGGUCCGACAGAUGGGGGAGAUCCCCUUCUGGGAGAACGCCGACGUCUCCCUGGAGGAGCUGGCCGUCGAGAUCGAGCUGUACGACUGGUACAGGUGGCUGGGCUACAUAGGCCUGCUACUGUUCGACGUCCUCAUCUGCCUCCUGGUGCUGUUUGGCCUCAUACGCAACUCCAAGGCGACGCUCAUCGGGGUGUGCUUGUUUGGUGUCGUCGCUCUGGUGAUCAGCUGGGUCUCCCUGGGGCUGGAAUUGGCUGUUUCAGCGACCUCCAGCGACUUCUGCGUUGCUCCUGACAUGUAUGUCAUCGAAGUGGCAGACCAGUACGGCGUCAUCAACCGAGAUAUCCUGCAGCACUACCUUAGUUGCAGUUUGGAACGAACAAACCCCUUCCAGCAGAAACUCUCCGGCAGCCACAAAGCAUUAGUGGAGAUGCAGGACGACGUGUCUGAACUCCUGCGCUCUGCCACCAGAGAGUAUAAACAAACCCAGGGAAGUUUAGAAGAGAUCCAGGGGGUCCUGAACACCACAGAGAUCAGUCUCCAUCAGCUCACUGCCCUGGUGGACUGUCGCAGCCUGCACAUGGACUUUGUCCAGGCCAUGACGGGACUGUGCUACGACGGACUGGAGGGCCUCAUCUACCUCGCGCUCUUCUCCUUCAUCACGGCUCUCAUGUUCAGCUCCAUCGUUUGCAGCGCGCCUCACACCUGGCACAGCAAGAGGAACGAGGAGGACAGCGAGGACGAGUCUCUGAGCCACGGGGGCAGGCAAAACCAUGACAACCUGUACCGGGUCCACAUGCCCAGCCUGUACAGCUGCGGCAGCAGCUACGGCAGCGAGACCUCCAUCCCCGCCCCCGCCCACACCGUCAGCAACGCACCUGUCACCGAGUACAUGGCGCAGAAUGCCAACUUUCAGAACUCCCGUUGUGAGAACACGCCUCUGAUAGGACGAGAGUCUCCUCCGCCCUCGUACACCUCCAGCAUGCGGGCCAAGUACCUGGCCAACAGCCCACCGGAUCCCAACGCCGCCCCCCCUCCGGCUCACCCGGCGCCGGCGGACUCUUCCCGUCCGCAGCGCUGACGUCUCCGAAGCUUCGCAUCCAGUCGGUCCGUUCUUCUUUCUCACACCUUUCAGUCACUCCUCCUCCUCCUCCUCCUCCUCCUCCUCCUCCUCCUCAGACGCCUUUUUUUUUUGCCCGUCGGUCGAAGCAAAAAUAAAAAAGUCGAUGAAUCGUACACGUUGUUUCCUCCUCGGCUUAUGUUCACGAUCGCGGGAAUCGACGUCGGUGCCGGGUCAUUCGUCCGCAUCUCUGACGUGACGGAGCCUGAACUUCCACACUCCAACUCUCUUCUUUAGGCCUCUAACAAGACUUUGCGGUGGACUCUGGAAGCGCUCGUCGACUAACACCGACGACUCCCGCUCGGUGACUUUGUUUUGUGCUGCACUCUCUGGUUGCUGCACGCCAACGUGGGAGGAGCCAACUGCCUUCCCACCUGUGAAGUGAAGUGAAGUGAAGUGAAGUGAAGCGAAGCGUCACCCCCUCAUCAGAUUCAUCUCGCAGUGCGACGGCACUACUCGCGUGCACAUUUAAAAUGCAGGUCUGCUGCGCUUUGAAUCAUCGAGUCCGAUUUUGCGUCAUUCUCCGGUUAAAGUCGGCAUACUGUAUAUAUAUCAUCUUGUUUUUGUAUUUUGUGCUCAAGCCGACGUCUGGGGCCAGUAUUGCCAGUAUUCAAUUUUUGUUGUUGUUGUUUUUUUGGGGUGCACUCCUGUGGCGUUGUUUUCAUAUCCAUUGAUGAGCCACGAUUCUGAAACUUUAUUCUGACACACACUUUUCAGAGGAUUUGAUGAGGACAAAGAAGAGCUGCAUGAUUGAAAUGCAGCUGUUUGGCAAGAAGAGUCUCAGCAGGAUGACGACCCCCCCCCCCCAAAAAGAGAAGCUAAUGCGCGUGACAAAGACCAGAAGUUUGUAUACAACUGGAAGAACUUUUUUUUCUUCCUGCCCUUUGAAGCCGACGGUGAGCCAGAGGACAGUAGAGUGUCUUCUCCAACAUUACUCCAGACUGCUUGUUAUUCUCUCCAUGUUCCUGUUGAGUUGUAAAGCCUCAUCUCCCUGAACAGAACUGGGGAUUGUCCACACACACGCACACGCACACACACACACACACACACACACAUCCUUGACUGCAGCAGCCUAGAGCCAGAAACUCUUCUCACAAGAAUCUUAAUGCCGGUUUAUGUGACGGUUUGCAUACGGGGAGGGGUUGCGCAACGCGGCGUCCCACAAAUGUGUUUUAGCAUUUCUAACUCGGUAGAUGAGAGCGAGCGGAUGCUGUGAAGGGAUUAUUGAUAACUGCUGACUUCCUGUUGAAACGUGAAGCUCCUCCCGACUGUGUUCCGCUUGCUUCUCUUAGAUGUGCUUCGUGACCAGUACCAGGAAGUGGGUUUUUUUAUUAGACGGUGCCAACAAAUGAAGCGCAACUCUUUUACUCUCUGAAUAUCUUUUUAAAUGUCUUAAACUUGAGGCCACUUUGUAAAGUCGACAGCUCCCGGCUGCCCCGUGUACCGAAAUGAGGAAAAAAAUGACUUCUUCCAACUCAUUUGUGCUCUUUGAAACAUUCUGACACGGGUGCAAUCUUUGUGUUUUUCGGGUAGUCGUCACAUUCUCGUUGUUGUUUGUAAUACGAGGCGAUUGUACAGAUUAUAAACAUUUUACAAAUGGGAGAAAAAAGUGGCUGAAAUUGACAUUUCAUUUUCAAUUCCUUAAAAAACCUUAUUCCACGCUUUUUUUAAAAUAUAUAUUUCUUUUAUUUGAUUUGCUUUUUACUUUCUUUUUUUUCUUUUUUUUUUUUAGAAUCUCUUGCAAGCACAGUGUGUUGCUUCAUUAAUGUGAAUAUGGAAAAUAGAUUUUAAUUUCCUUUGAGUUUUUUUUUCUGGAAAAGAAAAUCACUAGAUUUCAUUUAGUUUUUUCUGUUUUAUACAUAAUUUUUUGCAAUCUCUGAAAUGUGUACAUGUAAAACCUGUGGUUAUAUUGAGCUUGAAUGCCGUGUUUUGAAAUAAACCAACCUUAACUGUA